AUGACAAAUGGCUACAGAAGUGAAGGAGACACAGUGACCCUCACCCAUGAUAAUGGCAACAGCGCGCAGAGUUAUUACCAGUACACGGCGCACGUCUACCAGUACGACAAUAAUUCGCCCCAAUUCGAGAGUCCCGCUAUUUGGUGGAUCAUGAGCGGCUGUCAAGGGCAAACUUACUAUCUCACACCGCAGGAUCCUGAUGGCGACGAAAUAGUCUGCAGAUGGUCAACGAUGUACGAAGCUUCAUUUUUAGCCCACGAUAAGGAAGGAUUCGACGUAGAUGGCGAAACAAACUGGCCACUGAACCAACUUUCUCUCGAUGCAACUGCCUGCGCCGUCACCUAUCACCCAGAAUAUGACAGCAACGGGGGCAACAAGCCCAUCGGUGUUCAAGUUGAAGACUUCGAUGCUAAUGGCGAUAUUAAAUCUUCGGUUACGUCGGUUUUUCUUGCAAAGGUCUUCACUCCAGGCAUGGAUGAAUCAAUCUUGGAUAAUCCUUACACCGUAAUUAAUCGAAGAAAAAGAGAUGCUGAGGACGAUGAUACUCAUCAAGAUGGACAACAACGGGCAUGGACUGAGAGACCAAAUCUCAGCUUUUUAACGAGAAAUACUGAUCAUUGCGAUGGUCUUCCAGUUUGGGUAGAUCCAACUCCGCCAAAUUAG